GGAAUAUCUUUUCUUGUGAUUUCAAAUUCAAAUUCAUGUUUUUGACUUCGUGGUGAGAGCGGUUGGUGUGGGCAGUGUCCAAACCAGACCAAUCGAGUGUUUGUUUAAAAAUCUCUGAUUCUGUGUUGCAAAUCAGAGAGAAUUUGAGAAAAAGAUGAGCAACGAUGAGGAUAAGGGUUUGCUGUGGAAGCUUCCAGUGGUGAAGUCCAACGAUUUCGGCAAGGUGGGUCCCGCCUUCGGCAUCGGCGCUGGCUGCGGCGUCGGCUUCGGCGUUGGCCUUCUCGGGGGAGUGGGUUUUGGCCCUGGAAUUCCUGGCUUGCAAGUGGGUUUUGGAUUUGGUGCUGGUUGUGGUGUUGGUUUAGGAUUUGGCUAUGGUAUGGGGAAGGGAAUUGCACAAGAUGAGAACAAGAGGUACUCUAAUGUUGGAAAUCCUUUUCGUGGUUCUGGAAGCAUUAUUUCUGAGGAUGAUAUUACUGCAGUUGUGGAUGACAUUGUCAUUAAUACUAAAAAGCUUAUCAGGGCAACAUCAAGAGAAAUUGACAAGUGGAGAAGAUGAUGGAAGAGUCCAUUAAUUCUUUUACGUACAUUUGUAUAAACUAAGAUCUCUUUGCCAGUGUUUUCUAUGUAUUGACUAAAUCAUGGCAAAUUCAGGAUGUUUAGACCUGUAGCAGUACAUGAGAUACUAAAAUUUCAUAUUAAUAUUCAGCUAUGAUAUAUUGGCCCUUCAAUGAAAUUGAGU